AGCUUCUACAAAUCGGGAGAUAUUGGGUACUUUGACCGGUAAGGUUAUCUGUACGUGGUCGCUCGUAUCAAAGUUAUUAUCAAGUACAACGGCUUCAAGGUAUCACUGUUGGAGUUUGAGGCGAUAAUCGGAACUGUCGAGGGGUAAUGAUGGUUUGCGUGGUGGGAGUUCCGGUGGAGGACAAGUUUACGGAUUUGGUUACGGCGGUCAUCGAGCGUGUUGAAGGGUCCAAACUGACCGCGUAACAGGUGAUCAUUGUUGUUGAUGGUCGGACCAGCGAUUAAAAACGCUUACUUUGUGAGUGAAUUGCCAAAAUCGGCUUCGGGAAAAGAUUUGAGGAGGUUGAUAAGAGAUAUGAUUAGGAAGAAACGUGUGUAACGAGAAGGUUAAAAGGUAUUUCAUUUGUAAUUAAUCCCGCAAUAUUUUAUUUUGUGUUUUUUUUUAAUUAAUAAAGUUUUACAGGUUUGUAAACGAGUUUUUGAAGUGAAAUUUUUAUCAAAAAGUCAGCCUGAAUAAAGUUUUUUGUAGUUCUGUGUCUGUUCUAACUAAAACAAAUUAAACGUGUACAUAAACUGUGCAGAUAAAAGUCUAAAAUAGCUAUCCUGAUUCGUCCCAGAUGACUUCAAUAAAUGUAAUUGCUUGACUUUGAUUAUAUUUCAAAUCAUUCAAAUAGGUAACACUAUACAUCUCACUUCAUACAACACACUUUCAAAAAUAAAAACAAACCAGUUUCCCUUCAAAUAACGGUACCUGAUAAGAAAGUCUGUACAAAUGGUAUAAAUAGGAAGGCACGUUCAUCCCGGCCAAACGCAUCCCGUUAUCAACUGUAGCCACACUUAAAAACAAUCAGUCGCAUCCAGGCCCUUGAAGUGUUCACAGCGGGUGCCCCGGAAUUCGAACCAGCAACCAUGGCAAAGUACGAUCCCAAAGCCAAACUAUGGCGCGGUCCGGCCUGUCCAAGUGUCCGCAAUCCGGAGGCCAACUUGGGCCAAGUCGUGAUCGAUUGCUUGUCGCAGAAUCCCGCCAAAGUGAUCCAGAUCAAUGCGGAUGAUGGCGGUGAGAUGAGCUGCGCCGAGAUGAAAAGGAGGAUCGCCCGAGUUGUGCACCACUUGAGGCAGUUGGGAUUGCGGAAGGGGGACUUUGUAUCGCUGGCCUGUGGAAGCAGUGAAAAUGUGGUACCAGUGUUUAUUGGAUGUUUGUCGCUUGGGGUUGUAGUGAAUCCGUUGGCUCCGGUGUUCAGCAAGGAUGAUUAUGCGCACAUGAUGAAGAUGACGCAGUCCAAGGCGGUGUUCUGCGACGUAAUAAAUCGGGAAGUGGUUGAACAAGCCGUUGAAGAGGCUAUUAAGGUAAAACCGGCGAUGUUUGUGUUUGGGAACGCUGGCGGAAAUUGUAGGUCCGUUGAAGAUCUGUUGAGUCCGGUAGCUGGGGAAGAUUUCUUUAUACCAGAAUAUUUGGGAGAUUCAAAUCAACUUAUGGCUAUGGUACUGUGCUCAUCGGGAACAACUGGUCUCCCCAAGGGAGUCUGUCUGUCGCAUGCCAAUCUGAUCGAGGGAGACGUUUUUAGAGAGGCCCACAACUGCGGACCAAUCUUCAACUUCAGUGCCCUGUUCUGGGCAACUGGAAUGUUCGCCGUACUAACAUCGUUGUACUACACCAGAACACGUGUCCUAACAUCCAAACCCUUCAACGAGGAACUCCUCAUCGACAUCCUCACCAAGUACAAUAUAGAAGACGUGUUCACUCCGCCAGCGUACGUCGCCGUCCUGCAGAACUACCCGAACUUCAACCGCCUAUCCUUCCCCAGUAUCAAGCAGUGGACCAUGGGCGGUGCAAUGGUGACCCAACAGAUGAGCUCCAACCUGUCCAAGAAACUACCAAACGGCGUAGCCGGGCCUAUCUACGGAACCUCCGAAAUGGGCAUCAUCAGCCGAAUCCCGUUCGCUCCCGGUUCCGUAGGAACCCUGGUCCGCAACAUCGAAGUAAAAAUCGUCGACGACGACGGUCACCGACUGGGACCAAACCAAAAAGGAGAGAUCAGAUUGAAGCACAAACACCCGAUGCUCGGCUAUCUGUACAACGCGGACGCAACGCUAGCCGCGUUCGACGAGGAAGACUUUUUCAAAUCGGGUGACGUCGGAUAUUUCGACUCGGACGGCUACCUCUACGUGAUCGAUCGCAUCAAGGACAUCAUCAAGUUCAACAACUACCAGAUUUCCCCAUCGGAUUUGGAAACGAUCAUCGAGAAGAUCGACGGAGUGAAGCUGGUUUGCGUGGUAGGAGUUCCGCUUGCGGAUAAGUCCGGGGAUUUGGCCACCGCGGUUAUCGAGCGUAACGAGGGAGCUAAGCUGACGGAGCAGGAGGUUGUUGGCUUCGUCGAUGGGCAGGUCAGCGAUUUCAAGAGGUUACGUGGCGGAGUUCGGUUUGUGGAUGAGCUGCCAAAGUCGGCUGCAGGUAAGGUGCUGCGAAGGGUGGUCAAGGAGAUGGUUUUGAAAGAGGAGGAGAAGAGUGAUCGUUAGUAUUAAGAUGUAUAUUAACAUAUUUUACCAGGUAGUUUGAUUGUAAAAGUUGUACGUGAAAUAAGUAUUUUUUGCAAAUUAAAUCUUGGGGUUUCAUAUUACAGUCCAGACUCGAUUAUCCGAAGGCCUUGGCAAAAUUUCACUUCGGAUAAUCGAAACUUCGGAAAUCGAAUCACGAAAAAAACUUUUUUUUUUCGUUUUCUUAUUUUUGAUGACCCUUAAACUACUCAGAAGAGAUUUAGAACUUUUAAAACCAAAAUGGCGGCCAAAAUAGCGUAAUGAAAUAUUGAAAAAAUGCAUUUUUUAUUUUACUUGCAAUCAUCCAUUCAAAUUUGACUAAAAUUUGGUCACAGAACUCGAAUUUAAUGUUUAAAGUAAGAAAAUAAAAAAAAACAAUUUUUUUUUUGUUCGUGAUUCGAUUAUCCGAAGUCCCAAACAAACCUUCGGUUAAUCGAACUUCGAAUAAUCGAAAUUUUGGAUAAUCGAGGUGUCGGAUAAUCGAGUCUGGACAGUAUUCUUAAAUGGUAUUUUGGCAAUGAUUUAACGUAUUUGAUAUUUAACAAAAAAAAAAUCAGCUAAAGUCAGUUUUCAGUAAACAUCAAGUACCUUGAAAUUUUAUAUGUUUCAGUAAUUUACAAAUUAAUUUUUCAAAAAGAUCUAUUUAAGACCAUUUAAUUGCUUCUCAGACCAAAAAAUAAAACAAUAUUUUUUAAAGGAUUCACUUCAACAAAUCAUAACUUAAUCAUCAAAGCUGAAAUCGUAAAAUUUUAUUUUUAUCAAAUUUCUUGCCCGUUUCAACAUUGAUGAACACAUUUUAGAUAACUUAUAAUUAGCUCAGUACAAUCUGUAAAGUUUUGCACCCCCCAUCAAGGCGUCAUCCAUAAAGUAUGUCACGCAAAAAUCGGCCAAAAUUAACCCCCCCUCCCCCCUAUGUCACACUUUGUCACACAAGGUUGAACCCCCCAUUAACAAGUACGUCACAUUUUGGCAGACCCCCCCUUGUUUUCGAUGGGAUUUUUUAUAUUUUUAAACUCUCAUAAUUUUGGUAUUUUUUGCAAUUUUAAUAUGAAAAAAUAAGUAAAAUUAUUAAACUGUUUUUCACAGCUUUGUAUCUAAUAAGUUCAAACCAUUUAUAGCAGUUUUCUUAUGAACACCCUGCUUUCAAAAGCAUUUAUUUUUAUCAAGCAAGAAUUUGCAAAAUAUUGUAGUUCCAGCUGAAAAAAAUAUGACUAUAUAAUAAAUUAUAAUGUGAUACGUCAUCAGGGGUGACAUUGGGUCUGGGGGGUGAGUUUGGGUCAUACAAAAAUGCAGAAAUUUGUAUAACCCAAUCUCACCCCCCAGACCCAAUGUCUCCCCUUAUGACGGUGCUUCUAAAUAUUAGUAAGUGUGUGGUGUAGAUCACCCUAUUGUGGUGUAAUUGAGCGCACUCCACUGAGUUCCCCUUUGUCCAGCCCUGCAAUGACAGAUCAAACCUGAUCGGUGAGAGCCACUCACACAGGCAAGAGUUCCGGGCAGACUCUUCCUCCUUCUUCGGCUGACAGUUGGACCAAUCGGACGUGAGCCCACACUCCGCGCAGCGACUAACCUCGGCAGACGAUUCCCGAUAGGAAUGUCGGAUCACACAUUGGCGACCGUGACGGAGUUGUAAUUUUAUUUACAACUUCAAGAACCUGUGGGGAAUCGUCUGCUGAGGAGGAUUUUCAUCGAUUUUGGUUUUCAUGGGUAAGCAAAGUGAGAUAACUGUUGAAGUUGCCGGAGAGUGGCGAGAGUUUUUGUGUGUGAAGCAAGUGUGAGUGUGUGGUUGCUUGAAGGUGGAUUUGGCGGACGUCAAAAUGUUUGCAAAGUGCGGUGGAGUUUGCGAGCCUUGACAACACAAUCGCGUGGGGCACGGUGGGUCAAAUGGGCCCGCCGUGGUAAAUAGCCUGGAAGGCCGCGAUUAGUUGCAAAAAAGAAAAGAGUCGCGUUGGGCACGGUGGGUCAAAUGGACCCGCCGUGGUAAAUAGCCUGGAAGGCCGCGAUCAGUUACAAAAAAGAAAAGAGUCGCGUUGGGCACGGUGGGUCAAAUGGACCCGCCGUGGUAAAUAGCCUGGAAGGCCGCGAUCAGUUGCAAAAAAGAAAAGAGUCGCGUUGGGCACGGUGGGUCAAAUGGGCCCGCCGUGGUAAAUAGCCUGGAAGGCCGCGAUUAGUUGCAAAAAAAGAAAAGAGUCGCGUUGGGCACGGUGGGUCAAAUGGGCCCGCCGUGGUAAAUAGCCUGGAAGGCCGCGAUCAGUUGCAAAAAAGAAAAGAGUCGCGUUGGGCACGGUGGGUCAAAUGGGCCCGCCGUGGUAAAUAGCCUGGAAGGCCGCGAUUAGUUGCAAAAAAAGAAAAGAGUCGCGUUGGGCACGGUGGGUCAAAUGGGCCCGCCGUGGUAAAUAGCCUGGAAGGCCGCGAUUAGUUGCAAAAAAGAAAAGAGUCGCGUUGGGCACGGUGGGUCAAAUGGGCCCGCCGUGGUAAAUAGCCUGGAAGGCCGCGAUCAGUUGCAAAAAAGAAAAGAGUCGCGUUGGGCACGGUGGGUCAAAUGGGCCCGCCGUGGUAAAUAGCCUGGAAGGCCGCGAUCAGUUGCAAAAAAGAAAAGAGUCGCGUUGGGCACGGUGGGUCAAAUGGGCCCGCCGUGGUAAAUAGCCUGGAAGGCCGCGAUUAGUUGCAAAAAAGAAAAGAGUCGCGUUGGGCACGGUGGGUCAAAUGGACCCGCCGUGGUAAAUAGCCUGGAAGGCCGCGAUCAGUUGCAAAAAAGAAAAGAGUCGCGUUGGGCACGGUGGGUCAAAUGGGCCCGCCGUGGUAAAUAGCCUGGAAGGCCGCGAUCAGUUGCAAAAAAGAAAAGAGUCGCGUUGGGCACGGUGGGUCAAAUGGGCCCGCCGUGGUAAAUAGCCUGGAAGGCCGCGAUUAGUUGCAAAAAAAGAAAAGAGUCGCGUUGGGCACGGUGGGUCAAAUGGACCUGCCGUGGUAAAUAGCCUGAAAGGCCGCGAUCAGUUGCAAAAAAGAAAAGAGUCGCGUUGGGCACGGUGGGUCAAAUGGGCCCGCCGUGGUAAAUAGCCUGGAAGGCCGCGAUUAGUUGCAAAAAAGAAAAGAGUCGCGUUGGGCACGGUGGGUCAAAUGGGCCCGCCGUGGUAAAUAGCCUGGAAGGCCGCGAUUAGUUGCAAAAAGGAAAGAGUCGCGUUGGGCACGGUGGGUCAAAUGGACCCGCCGUGGUAAAUAGCCUGGAAGGCCGCGAUCAGUUGCAAAAAAGAAAAGAGUCGCGUUGGGCACGGUGGGUCAAAUGGGCCCGCCGUGGUAAAUAGCCUGGAAGGCCGCGAUCAGUUGCAAAAAAAGGAAAGAGUCGCGUUGGGCACGGUGGGUCAAAUGGACCCGCCGUGGUAAAUAGCCUGGAAGGUCGCGAUUGAUCAUAAUGGUGAAUAUAAAAGCUUUGAGUUGAUUAAUUCCUGUUAAAGGAGAGCAGCUCGUCGGAUAAUAAUACAUAGAGUAUAUAGAGCAAAUCUUAUUAGAAGCGAGAAAAGUUACGAUUUAUUUUUGAUAGCAGAAACAUACGAACAUGUUGUUCAACUUGUUCAAGAUGUGUGAGUAUGAGGUGCCUGUCCGAUGGUGCUAAAUCUCCAACUGAAAGUCUCAUCUUGAUGGAGAAAAAGGGCCCGCUGGAUUGCCCUGGGAAUGUCCGAAUUCGCUGAGAACGGAAAUUAUGGAGAUGUACGCGAGACUGCGGUUUCUAGUAGAACGGCUAGUCAGAAACCGUAGGUUCAAGAACCUACUAAUAGACCGGAUUGCAGAGGACCAGCUGGAGCACGUAAAGGACAAGCGGAUGCGGAUAGUAAAAGAUAUUUGGGAAACAUUUAUGCGCUCCUCCUCCAGUUAGAAGGUUCUACGGGAGUAAAGUGUGGCCGACGUUAAGAUGGAACGGAGAAUUGACGGAGAACGUCUGCUGGCGCAUCCUGGAUCGUUCAACGCGCUGGUUACCGAUCGAGCCCUUUUGGAGAACGUUAAAAAACGCCUGCUUGACGAGGAGGGAAAAGGACAACCGAGCUUAAUAGACGACUCUGGUCUCUCUUCAA